AUGAGAAAUAAAAUUAUUUACUACUAAAAAUUGCAAAUAUUAUAAUUAUAAAUUUUAAAACAAAUUGAGAUAAUUCGACUUUUAAAACUCAUUUGUCCACAGCCAAUCAAAUUAAUACAAUUUAAUAUUUCUUGAUAUUUGAUUGGCUGUGAUCAUUUGAGGAGUCAUUAAAAUCUGUUGGCAUAAAAGUUUUUUAAUCAGUGCAUAUAUUUUCGAAAUUAUACUUUGCAAGUGAUAUUGAAUAUCGAUAUUACCUGCUUAUAUCGAAUAAAAAUAUAUCGGGAUCUCUGAUAUACCGGCCGUUAUCACACCCCUACUCUCUAGCUACCAUCCCUUAUUUUCUUUACGAUCUCUUUAAAAAUUUUACAUAUGACUUUAAGACUGUAACAGGUCUGGACAAGUCCAGCCAGAUCCUGCGUAUUAAGCUUUAUUUUCAGUGAGUAAACACAAUUUUAUCCACGUGCAACGAAAAAAGGUACUCAUGCAGUAUCCGAGAUAUUGUAUUAUCAAUCAUAUUAUAAUCAUUUGAUAUAGUAAUUAAUUUUUUUAUUAAUUAAAUUAAUUUCAAGCUCAGUUUUGUUUUCCCUUGAAAUUCCAUCAUCCAAGACACGUGGAAAAACACGUGUAGAUAAUUAUUUUAUAUAAUUAUUAUAAUUACUAAAUAAACAAAAUUAAAAUUAUCCACGAUGUACAACUUUAAAGGAAUAACAGUGGUCUCUUCAUCAAAGGACAUGAUUGAUAUAACAUUAUCAAAAACCCAGAGAAAAACACCAACAAUUGUUCACCAAAAUUACAAAAUAACUCGUAUACGUGCAUUUUAUGGAACAAAGGUAAAAUAUACCCAGCAAACUUUCCAUGAUCGUUUGUCAAAAAUAAUUCAAGAAUUUCCAAAACUUGAUGAUGUACAUCCUUUUUAUGCUGAUUUAUUGAAUGUACUUUAUGACAAGGAUCAUUACAAGCUAGCUCUUGGUCAAAUAAAUACAGCAAGACAUUUGAUUGAUAAUGUUGCUAAAGAUUAUGUUAGGCUAUUAAAAUAUGGUGAUUCAUUGUAUCGUUGUAAACAGCUGAAAAAAGCAGCACUUGGUCGUAUGGCAACAAUAAUGAAACGCCAGGGAUCAAACUUGACUUAUUUAGAACAGGUACGUCAACAUUUAGCACGUUUACCAAGCAUUGAUCCAUACACACGUACCAUAAUCAUUUGUGGUUUUCCAAAUGUUGGUAAAAGUAGUUUUAUCAAUAAAAUAACACGUGCUGAUGUUGAAGUACAACCAUAUGCAUUUACAACAAAAUCAUUGUACGUUGGACAUACUGAUUAUAAAUAUUUAAGAUGGCAAGUUAUUGAUACACCAGGUAUACUUGAUCAUUCACUUGAAGAUCGUAAUGUCAUUGAAAUGCAAGCUGUAACAGCACUUGCACAUUUACGUGCUGCUGUAUUAUAUGUUUGUGAUGUAUCUGAACAAUGUGGUCAUACUAUUGAAGAACAAGUACAAUUAUUUCAAUCAAUUAAACCUUUAUUUAAUGAUAAACCAUUGAUUGUUGUUGUUAAUAAAACUGAUGUAUUAAGUAUGAAAGAUUUAAGUGAUGAUAAACGUAAAGCACUUGAAGUUUUGAGAGACAAUGGUAAAGUACCAAUUAUGGAAAUGAGUACAGUUGAUGAUAUUGGUGUUAUGGAAGUUAAACAAGAAGCAUGUGAACGUUUAUUGUCAUAUCGUGUUGAUCAAAAAAUUAAAACUAAAAAAGUUGAUGGUUUAUUAAAUCGUUUACAUGUUGCAUUACCAACACCACGUGAUGGAAAAUCACGUCCAGCAUGUGUACCAGAUAGUGUACUUGCUGAAAGAAAAAUUAUUGCUGAAAAACAACAACAAAAACAAGAACAAGAUGAAGAAGAAAAUAAAACAACAAAAAAACGUAAAUUGGAAUGUGAAAUUGAAGAAAAAGAGGGUGAUGAUUAUGUUCUUGAUCUCAAGAAAAAUUAUGAUAUUGAAGAAGAUGAAAAAUAUGAUAAUAUACCAGAAAUGUGGGAAGGACAUAACGUUGCUGAUUACAUUGAUUCAGAUAUUUUAGAAAAAUUAAAUGAAUUAGAAAAAGAAGAAGACUUGAGAACUGAAAGUGGAAUUUAUGAUUAUAAAGUACCACAAGUAACAGAUCCAAUGAAAGACAUACAGAGUCUUGCUAAAGAAAUUCGUGAAGCUAGAAUAAUCAUGAAAGAAGAUUCACGUAUUGUCAAAGCAUCAACAAAAACACAUAUGCCACGUACUGCUGCAGUACAGGUACGUGGAAGAUCAGUAACCAAACUAAAGAAAGAAAUGAAGAAUCUUGGUGUUGAUAUGGGUGAUACUGAUAAUGCACAUUUCACUAAAACACGUGAACGUUCUAGAUCAGCAUCUGGACCAAGUAAAAAACGUCUUCGUUUUGGAUCAGUUGGACGUAGUUUGUCACGUAGUUUAACACGUAGUUCAUCUAGACCUCGUAAUGAAAUGGGCAUCAAGGAUAUUACUAUGAAAGACAAGCUUAAAAAUAUUGCCCACAAAGCUAUCUCAAAGAAAGUUGGCAAGAAAGGUCUUAAAGGUGAAGCUGAUCGUUUUAUUGGUACCAAAAUGCCUCGUCAUCUUUUUGCUGGCAAGAGAGGUGUUGGAAAAACUGAUAGAAGAUAA